AUGUCAGUGACCACCACAGCAAACCCGAUUACAUCAACUUCCAUGUCUGUACUGGCAGACUAUGAAAUACAUCAGAGUGGACGACCGUAUCCAGCAUCCCCGAGCUGGCAUCCAGCUCCAGAGUCUGCUUCCCAACCAAAUAACUGGCCCGUUGACCAUCAACGAGUCCCGGCCUAUCUUCCUGUGAAUCGAAACCUCGACCGGAGUGAGCGCCCAGCGGGCUCAAAUAGGUUCAAAGGCAUGUUCAUCACGGUCAUGCUACAUGGUGUGUGGCUGAACUCGGUUGUGUCAAGGGUUUGGCGGAACACAGGAGGAUUGCUAUCUGAUCGUGCAUUUCGAUAUGAUGUUGGUGGCGAGUGGUAG